GCUUCACGCAGCGCUCCUCCUCCUCCUCCGUGACAUCCCUGUUUCUCUCAAAUCUAAGAAUGCUCGACUUACACCUUCGGUAGACACAGAAGAGUUAGGGGCCUGCUUUAUGUUACAAGAAGAUUAAACUAUGAGGAUAAAGAGGUAAAGAACAGCUUCCGGUUUAAGUCCCAGUUAAGUUAAAAGAUGGUGGAGUGAAGAUGUUUGCUGUUGACUGACGUCCACUCCGAGAAACAAAAUGAAGAGGAGGCUGCUGCGUGGUUUCCUGUCGGAAAUCUCCAUCCGGCUGGCGCUGUUGGUGGUGUUCCUUGUGACGGAGCAGCUUCCUCCUUUCUACCGUGAGAUCCAGGCAGAGGAGAUGUGGCUGUAUAAAUUCCACCGCGUGGAGAGGGACCAUGUACCCACCUCUCUUAUGUUUAGUGUGGCGGUUUGCACCCCGCUGAUUGUAAUCCUGGCUUUCACCUUCCUGAAUAAGUCGGAGCGUGGUGAUCUGAAGGAAGCCUCACUGGCUGUGACUCUGACUCUAGUGCUGAACGGGGUUUUCACCAAUGUCAUCAAACUUGUAGUUGGCAGGCCACGACCAGACUUCUUCUACCGUUGUUUCCCAGACGGUCAGAUGAACCUGGAGCUGCGAUGCAGUGGUGACCCAGAUGUCAUCAUGGAAGGCAGAAAGAGCUUUCCCAGCGGGCAUUCUUCCUUUGCCUUUGCAGGUUUGGGCUUCACAGCGCUCUACAUUGCAGGAAAGCUGCGCUGCUUCACAGCAGCAGGCCAAGGCCGAGCGUGGCGGCUGUGUGCCUUCCUCACUCCUUUACUCAUUGCAGCUGUGAUCGCCCUCUCCAGAACCUGCGACUACAAACACCACUGGCAAGAUGUGCUGGUGGGGUCUCUGCUGGGUCUCGCCUUCGCCUGGCUGUGCUACAGGCAGCACUACCCUCCCCUUCGGGACCCAGACUGCAACAGACCUCUGCGUCACAGAGAGACUGUUCCUGCCGCACAGGAGCGCAAGCUGGCCAACUCCACCUACAUCCUGCCCAUGUAGAAAAGCUGUAACUGCAUUUUCCUCUUUGCUGGUGUCAUUUAAACUGAGUUGCACAGUAA